AUGGUAUUACAAGAAAAUCCAGAAAACGAUAAUAUUACAGAGCCAUUGAUUGACCCUUCAGCAACCAGCUCUUCUUACACUGAACCUACAAGGUCUAUUCCGACACCUAUAGGUUCAACAACUUUCAACAUGAGUUUUGUAUUUUCUUUACUUGUGAGCGUUGGAGCUUUGUUAUUCGCUAGUACUGUUUGGUAUAUAACAAGUACCGCAGACUAUAUCUUUUUUAUCUGGCAUCCAACUUUAAUGAGUUUAAUGUUAUUAAUGGCAACGAAUGGUAUUCUGGUACUUCAAAAGGCGGAAUCCAGACAAGAAAAAGUAGCUAGUUUAAAUUUUCAUAAGGCAAUGCAAUCUAUCGCUUUUUUGAGCGUAAUUGGAGGUUUCUAUGUUAUAACUACGUUUAAGAAUAUGGGAAAUAAAGAGCAUUUUGCGUCUCCACAUGGAAAAUUAGGGGUGAUCACAUUUUCAUUGAUUCUCAUUCAAUCAAUUGCCGGAUCAACUUUGGUGAAUUUCCCUGGAGUAGUUGGUGGUGUCGCAAAGGCCAAAGCCAUGUAUAAAUAUCAUAGAUUUUCCGGUUAUUUAGUUUUGGCAUUGAUCUGGUUCACAGCCCUUGGAGGAACCCAAAAUCCUUGGGUCAAAGCUCAAUUUGAUCAUCUUUGGGUUUGGUUAUUAGCUGCCGGAAUGGUGUUUGUCGGAACUAUUGGUAGAAUUAAAUCAAGCAAAUUGAAAGUUUGGUAA